UUUUCGAAGAUUUGGAAAAAUUUUAUAUUUUUGUUAAUUUUAUUUUACCGUCGAUAUUCUAAAACUGUUUCAUACAAGAAUCUUAUAAAUAUUUUAGAAAAGUGUUCCCAAAAACUAGCAAUGUCUGGUGAUCAAGUUUUGCAGAAACCAUUGCUAUCAUUUGAAACUCCUGCAAAACAAAAUGUACUCAGUGAAAAGUCUAAAGAAUCUAAAAAUAUUAUUGUUAGUGUUAAAGGACAUAUGAUUCAAUCAAAUUUAAAUCCAAAUGCAUUAGAAUUUAUACCCUCCUUUAAGGAAAAAAAGCCACAAAUUUUUUUAAAUGAAGUCUUGAGAAAAUCGGUAUUAAAAGUUACCAUAGAAGACAACUUAAACCAAGAGAGAAACUUUAAAAAAGAUGAACUUUUAAGUAAUGAAAGGAAAUUAAUACAGGAAUAUAAAAGUAUAGAAACUAAUUAUAUAAGAGAUAUGGCAGAUAUCAAAGAAAUAGAAGCAUUCAAUAAUAAUAUUGAAAGAAAUCAAUUAUUAACAUUAUUUGCUAGUUCCUCUAAAGUUCAAGAUUCAAGUUCUGAAACAGAAAACGUGAUAUUAGAAGAUGAUUGUAGAGUUGAAAAUAUAUUAGAGGAAAUUAAUGAUGUAAAUAAGUCUAAUAAAGAAGAUAAAAAUAAUGAAGAAAAUAAGUCUAAUCAUGAAGAUAAACCUGGUUUAAUUGAAAACAUUUUUAAAAGCAGUGAUGAUAACAACAAAAAACAUGAUGUUAAUAUAGCGCAGGUUAUGGAAAAUCAAAAAAAUCUUCAGGAACAUAAAAGCUUAGAAAAGAACGCCGAAAGAACGACUGAUAUUGAAUCUCAAAGCUUGAAAAGUGAGAAACAAGGACAAAAGGAAAUUAAAACAAAAGAUUGUACCAAUAUAAAGGAUUCUAAUAAGACAGAUGUUUCAAAUAUAACUACCACUGGCAAACAACAUAAGCUGCAAGCUAACGACAAAAUUUUGAAUAUAAAAGACCCUAAAAUCAAAUCGAACUUAACAAAUAGGGGAGCAAUUGGAAAAACAAGUGCAUCAACAUCUCAACAAAACUAUGGUAAUGUUUCAAGAACAGGAACAACUGGAAAAACAAACGUAUCAACAGCUCAACAAUAUCUAGUUAAAGAAACCAAAAAACUAAGUACAGAUAAAGAUAUCAAACUUAAAGCACCAGCAGCGAUUUCUCAAAACUGCAAAAUAUCCAAAACUGUAAAAAAUAAUUUAAUAACAAAAACAACAACAGAUUUAAAACAACCAUGUUUAUCCUUAAAGAAACCUGCAAUCCAAGCUAGUAAAUUUGAAACAAGAACUAGUAAAAACAAAGAUUCAAUUUCAAAUAGAUCUUCCAGUUUCACCGAUAAAAGUUCAACCUCUACCAGAUCUUCUACACAAAGUAGUCGCAUAAAACCUGUACAAACUCCUAAAACAAAAGAUAGUGUUUCAAAAUCGCCUAGAGCUACGGUUUCUUCGAAGUUGCGUAAGACGGAAACUCAAAAACGUCGAAAUUUAUUUUUUGAUCUUGAUACUAUUAAAAUGUCGGACUUUUUAUUUAAAUAAAAUAUUGAGAUGUUAUAUGGCGGUAAGAUUUUAACAGGAGUUUUGAAUGUUUUAAAUAAAAAAAUUAAAUUUAACAAUACAAAAAAUAAAAUUUAGAAAAAUCUUA